GCUGCCCGGAUCGAGGAGAUGCACCCCACUCUUUCCACAAGAAUUGAUUUGAACGAAACGUGGCUGCUUGUCGGUGGCAACCAACGUGCCGUCGACAUGUGAAACUGUUGUGCCCCUUCAAACAUGAACAUCGUCGCCGAGCGCCGCAAGUUCGAGACAGAACAUGAGUCUGCCGAAUUGCAACGACGGUUGAUCGCCGACCAAGUCAUGCAGAUCCCAACUCUCUUUCCGUGGACUCGCAUCGACGUGGCCGACUCCGCGCUAUGUCGCAAGCACGACUCAUCGUGGAACGAACCGCUGCGGGAGGCCUUGGUUCAUGACAUCUCGAAACUCUACGUCCGGCUGAUGAAGAACGUGGACGUGCUGAAUGCCCACAGCAUCAUUCACAACGCCGCCAACAUCACGCGCCUGCAUGGGCAGCUACUCGUUCAAGUGAAUCGCAUAAUUGACGUCCCAAGCGUCCUCGAACGGAUCAAAACUGCGUCCAAAUCUGACGGCGACACGGCGACCGCCCUUCGUGUGGAGCAUCCCCGACGAAAGUACACGUCGGCAGUGCUCGAUGCAAGUGCUGGGACGGCAGCGGGACACAGCAACAACAUUGCCCACACGACGAGUACGGGGGCGCUGGGUCCCCUGAGUCCACCCAAGCCCCCCCCGCUCCCCAGUGGAGGCCUGCCACACGCACAAAGUCCGAAAAAGUUUCUGCACGUGCCUCGGGAUGCAUACCACUCGUCGCGCACAGUCGCCGACGCUGCGACGCCACACAACCAAAAGAAAGAAGCCGAAGAGCGGCGACGACGGACGAUGGAGUGCCACAAACCGCUGCUCGUCAAUUUGCCUCGCAACCCCGUCACGCUGCGGGAGCUCUUGGACAAGACCGACGACAGCUCCGACGACGUUGUCACUCGAUUCCGCGAUCGGCCCAUUUUGGCCGACGCUACGUUUGACCUGUCGGCGCCCCUGCCGAAACGUGACGGGAGCAUCCCGAAAAUCACCCCAAAGGCACGGUACUUGAUGCGGGAAAACUGCUCGGCGCUGCCGCACCACCACACGAUCUUCGACGACUAUGUCAUUCCUCGCGAAGUGUGGGAAGCGAUAGAGUCGGAGGCAGCGCAGCCCACGUCGACGGCGCGGCCUCUGCACCGAUUUGACCCCAUCGCUCUGGAUGACUUCAACGUCUCAUGCUACUUUGCCCGGGCGUGCCCCCGGGAGCGAGACACGCUGUCGUCUGCCCUGCAUGCGAUGGAGAUCCGCCCAGAGAAGCCUAUGGUGCGCAACGUGACCGACAUGGUCCUGGACUCGCAGUUCCAGGAGAAGAACAACACGUUGCUCGCUCGAGAAGUCAAGACGCUGUACAUGGCAACCAACGACGUGUACCACGAGUUUCGGCAGCAGCUCCACCAGCCCAUGAAAGUCGCCGAACUUGUCGACAUGGCCAUCAAGUGUGCGCUCAAUGACAUGUCCAUGUCGAUGGACGACGCGAUUGUGUCGACGGAAGCGGUGGUCGAGAUUCCAGUCCACUUGACGCCUCCCGUGCCGCAGACGCACCGGCGAAACAAAAACAGCACGCCAGACUUGUCCCUGGCUACAGGGUCCCAUCGAGGAAAGCCCAAAAUGUCGAGAAGGGAACUGAUGGAGAGCAUGCAUGACGUCGACACGGACAAGCGCCUGGUGGGGCUGUGGACGCAACGGCGCGCGGACGAAAGCAGCCACAACCGCCCGUUUGACCCCAUGGCGUUGGACCCUCUGCUAAGCGUGCGAUUCGAAAACGUGUGGCGGGGACUGCUCAUGCCGACGACGAUGCGACUCGACAUGGCGCUCAAGUACAGCCACCCUGAUCACGCCCAUCGCUUGCCCGACGCCGUGUUGCUGUGGGAAGUGUGCGCGGCCUGGAUUCAAGAGCGCGAAGGCAUGUGGGACCAAGUGAAGAAGCUGCUGAAAGGGGGUGACCCGUCUCGCAUGGCCCUCAACGACGUUAAAGACAAGCUCAUCGUGUUGACGGGCGUCACGAAAAAGGUUAGGCAGUGUAUUGCCAUGGCGUACGAUGAAGUCGGCGAUUUCGUGACGUACGACGACGAGUUUUACAUCCGUCGCAUCCAUGACCAGCACCGACGCAUGCACGACGACCUCAUGGCGAUGGCAGCGUGGCGGGACAUGGAGUAGGUCGAGCUGAGCCACCAUCGAAGCCACUUUGCUUGCCACCGCACUCUGCAGCGUAUGCUACGUCCAUGCAGUGAUGGUGCAACGUGGAAAAUGCCUGCUCAAGCGCGUUCUGCAUAGCCCGUCGAUCCCAUGCACAGCCUGCUGGAUGAGCUCUCGGAUCCGCCGUCCGCG